AUGGCAAAGAUCAAUAUUAGUUACCCAAUUUUGGUCGUAAUUUUCACUUUAUUAAUAUCCACGCACACUAACGCCGUUAACGCUAAGAAAUACUUGGAUGAAGACGAGCUCUGCCUGAAGCGCGAGAAGCUGGCCAAGAUUUUCUUCCACGCCCACGACAUUGCCGGCGGCCCUAACGGCACCGUUUACGAGAUCGCCCGCGCCUCCAUUACCACCGACGACCUGUUCUCGUUCGGGAGGGUGCAGGUGUUUGACGGCGUGAUGACGGAGGGGCCCAACCGGAGCUCGGCGGUGCUCGGCAAGGUGCAGGGCAUCCUGACCUCCGCCGACAUGAAGACGACGGCGAUGGCGAUGAGCUUCAACGUCGUCUUCACGACGGGGGAGUUCAACGGGAGCACCGUCAGCGUGGCCGGGCGGAACCCGGUGCUGGAGCCGCUGCGCCGGUUGGCCGUGGUGGGUGGGACCGGGGCCUUCCGCUUCACACGUGGCUACAUCAACGUGCAGACUUACUCCACAAGUUUCGUGGAUUCGGUGUUCUUUGCGAAUUUCAUGUACACCAUUCACGCCACUUAUUGUCCCACCAAAAUGUGA